UCCGCAAUAAAGGACAGUGGGCAGGCUGCGAGCGGACGAUCAGCAGUACCAGUUCUGCCGGCUUCACUCCUGCCGGUCUGGGGGGUCUCCAGGUCUCAGCUUCCAGGCAGAAUUUGCCCGUUUUACCUCCCUCCCCUCUCUCGGUGUGUUGCUAUUGCACCUGACGUCAGAGGAACACGCGAGUAUAUAAAAGAAGGCAGCCGAGGAUUUGGGUUCAUUCAUAAAGAGAGCGGCAAUACUGAGGAGCUACUACUACAGCAGCAGCGGUGCGUUUUAUCUCCCCCUACGGAUAACAGCCUGUUCCACUCAGACUACACAUACAAUAGAGAGGGAAAAAAACCCAGAAACUGGAUCCGAGGGGCGACAAAUCCUGGGUCAUCACCGACUGGGAGGACAUGUACCAGGGAUUUUCAGGCGACUUUGACUCGGCUUCCCGCUGCAGUUCCUCCCCUUCGGAGCCUCAGUACCUGUCAUCCGUGGACUCCUUCAGCCACAGCGUGGGCAGCCCGACCACCACAGCCCAGGAGUGUUCCACGGGCGUCGGAGAAAUGCCAGGAUCGUUUGUGCCAACCCUGACGGCUAUCACCACCAGCCAGGAUCUGCAAUGGAUGGUACAGCCGACCGUCAUCUCGUCGUCGGCUCAAUCUCAGGCCCAGGCUCAGCUUCCAGCUCUACCCCAGUCCAGCAUUGACCCCUACAAUCUCCCUGGCACCAGCUAUUCCACCGCCGGCAUGUGCUCCUAUAGCAGGGCCGAGCCGUCCAAACCCACCCGGGCCAGCCGCCCUCGGAGGGCACGGGAUGAAACGGUGAGAGGGCGAGAGGCACUGAGAGCGACGAUAUGAUUGAGAGGGGAAAUGAACGGGAGAAGGAGAGAUUGAGGGGAAAUGAACGGGAGAAGGAGAGAGAGAUUGAGGGGAAAUGAACGGGAGAAGGAGAAGGAGAGGG